AUGAAGACAAUUACAGAGAACCCUUACUUCAGGGCAGACAAAACUCCUGCCAGCACAUUGGAACCCCUUGAAUGUGUCAUCAUGCAUCAGAAACUGAAUGGGAUCGACGCUAUUGUCCUGGGUGUCUACAUUUUACUUAUUUUAUUUGUAGGAGUCUGGUCCAUGUAUAAGUCAAAGAAGAACACUAUUCGAGGCUAUUUUUUGGCGGGAAGGAACAUGAGUUGGUGGCCAGUUGGAGCAUCACUAUUUGCCAACAAUGUGGGAAGUGGCCAUUUCAUUGGGUUGGCUGGAACUGGAGCAGCCUCUGGAAUUGCUGUUAGUGUGUUCGAGUGGAGUGGAAUGUAUGCUUUGAUGUUACUAGGGUGGCUGUUUCUACCCAUAUACAUUGCAGCAGGGGUCACCACCAUGCCUGAAUAUCUACUGAAACGAUUUGGAGGCCAAAGAAUUCAUUUUUUAAUAGCUUUACUUUCUUUGAUUAUCUAUAUAUUCACGAAGAUAGCAGUUGAUAUCUAUGCUGGAGCCAUCAUUAUUCAAAUUGCUUUGCAAUGGGAUCUGUACUUUUCUGUGAUUGGGUUACUCUUUCUUACUACAGUAUACGCUAUUGGAGGUGGGCUGGCUGCUGUUAUAUAUACAGAUGCACUGCAGACAGUGAUCAUUCUGGCUGGAUCGCUGACUCUCGCAAUAUUUGCUUUUAAACGUGUCGAUGGCUAUGUGGGACUCAAGAAGAAAUUCUUUACAGCCAUCCCCACUAUCCAUCAACCUAACUCAACCUGCGGCCUACCAAGAGAGGACACCUUUCACAUUUUUCGGGAUCCUAUUAGUUCUGACUUUCCCUGGCCAGGUGUAUUAUUUGGAAUAACUGUACUUUCUACUUGGUAUUGGUGCACAGAUCAGGUCAUUGUGCAAAGGACACUUUCUGCCAAAUCAAUUCUUCAUGCCAAGGGUGGCACCAUAUUUGCAGCCUACUUGAAAAUCUUGCCUAUUUUCAUUAUGGUGUUCCCAGGCAUGAUCAGCCGAAUCCUUUUUCCCAAUCUUGUGGCUUGUGCAGAUCCGGAUACCUGUCGUCGAGUUUGUGGAAACUCAAUUGCUUGUACAGACAUCGCCUAUCCGUUAUUAGUAUUGGAAUUGCUACCUCAAGGACUGCGAGGCCUUAUGAUGUCUGUAAUGAUUGCUGCUGUCAUGUCCUCCCUCACUUCAAUUUUCAACAGUGCGAGUACAUUAUUUACAAUGGACGUCUGGCACCACAUCCGACCUCGCUGCACUGAGUGGGAGCUCAUGAUUGUUGGCAGAUUGUUUGUGCUGGUUCUGGUGGUGGUGUCUGUUUUGUGGAUUCCUCUGGUGCAAACAAGCCAAGGUGGACAGCUCUUCAUAUACAUCCAGUCAAUCACCUCCAACCUGACACCACCAAUUGCAGUGAUCUUUAUAGUGGGCUGCUUUUGGAAACGAACUAGUGAAAAGGCUGCAUUCUGGGGCCUUGCUGUGGGCAUGUGUACAGGCAUUACCCGGAUGAUUUUGGAUCUCAUUUACACCCCGCCAGCAUGUGGCAAACCUGAUACACGGCCGAUGGUUGUCAGAAACAUUCAUUUCCUGUACUUUUCUCUCAUCCUCUGUCUCCUUACGUUUAUUAUAGUGGUCAUCAUCAGUCUCCUUACUAAACCUCCAUCGCCAGAACAAAUCGCUGGUUUGACAUGGUGCACACGCCGUGACAACCAACUGCAACCUCAUGAGCAGAAUGAUCAUGUAGUUCCUGAAGGGUCAGAUACGACACAAGCACACAGUGUCUUACGUGCACACUCUGACAUCUCCUUGGAAGGUAAAAGGACAAUUAAAGCAAAGGUAUUGAGCAUUUUGUUGUGGUGCUUUGGUAUGGAAGAAAAACAAAUGCAUAUGUCUUUUGUUGACACUGAAGCCAAUUAUAUUGGUUCACUGUAUGAAGAGCCCUGCCUACGUUACAUAGUAAAUGCUAAUUUAUUCCUUUGUCUGGGUGCUGUUAUCUUUCUUUACAGUUAUUUUGCAUAA